UCCAUCGAGCCAUUUCCUGGAGAUAGAAAGAAGAGAGCGGAGAGAGCCCGAGGAAGGCGAUUACGACUGCACGCGAUCUCACGCCGCUGCCGGCAGCCCAGCAGCCUCGGCGGCGGAGGAGACCUCUCUCGUCCAAUCAAAGGAAGGCGAGCGGGCGCAGCCGGAGGAGGAGAUCCUGGACGCGAGCAGGCAGUGCAGGCAAGGGCCCGCCGGUCCGGCGUAAUCCCCAGGUUGUUCUUGUAGCCAACGUCCGGUACCUAUCUCCGUGGUGGCAUACCAUGUCGUCAUCUGCAUUGAGGGCCGCGGCGCAGAAGGCGGGUCCUGCUGCCCGGAAGCAGGCGCUCACCUUGACGGAGGCCGCGGCGGCUAGGGUGCGCCAGCUCCUCGACCUCAGGCAGCGGCCUUACCUGCGCCUUGGCGUCAAAGCGCGCGGCUGCAAUGGCCUGUCUUACACGCUCAAUUAUGCAGAGGCACGGGCUUCCAAACAUCACAUUGUGUUGGCCAGAUGCUGGUACAAACUAAUGAGGUGCACCCAGCAUGAAGAAAAAGGGAAGUUUGACGAGCUUGUGGAAGAAAAAGGAGUGAAAGUACUUAUUGACCCCAAGGCUCUGAUGCAUGUGAUCGGCACUAAGAUGGAUUACGUCGAUGAUCCACUGAGGUCCGAGUUCGUGUUCAUAAACCCGAAUUCCAAAGGGGAGUGUGGGUGUGGUGAAUCGUUCAUGACUACAGGAAACAAGGGGUCCACUUCGUGAUGUUCUUUACUGAUGUAAAUAGAGGAUAGAGUUUGGUGGAAGGCUCCAGCCAAUCAUUUUUUGCUAAGUAGAUGGUCAUCGUAAAGCAUGUCGUGUUGCACCAUAGUAACUGAUGAAAUCAUGUAUUGAUGCAACUAAGUUAACCUUACGUUUCAAUCUUCUCUUAAGCAUGUUGUUACCUGGACCCGUUCAUGUUUGGGAAUAUAUCAGGUGCAGAAGCCCAAAAAGGGGGCAGGAUGAUCA